GUCCAUGGAGAGAGGCUGAGGUGGCCGAGCUCCGGCCCAAGGCAUCGGGGCGCCGGGACGGCGAGGAUGUCGGCUUCGUUAGUCCGGGCCACUGUCCGGGCUGUGAGCAAGAGGAAGCUGCAGCCCACCCGGGCCGCCCUCACCUUGCAAAAAAUGAAAAUUGCCUGGGGAAUGACUAAGGAAAUGCAGUAUUGAGAAUGGAAAGUUUCUGCUACAAGGAAUAGAAACGCUAUGGCAUUGGAUAAAGUAAAAACACCUUCAGCAGUAAACAAGAUAAAACAGCUUCUUAAAGAUAAGCCUGAACACGUUGGUGUGAAAGUUGGUGUCCGAACCAGGGGUUGUAAUGGCCUUUCCUACACUCUGGAAUAUACAAAGACAAAAGGAGACUCUGAUGAAGAAGUUGUUCAAGAUGGAGUCAGAGUGUUCAUCGAGAAGAAAGCACAGCUAACACUUUUAGGAACAGAAAUGGACUAUGUUGAAGACAAAUUAUCCAGUGAGUUUGUGUUCAAUAACCCAAACAUCAAAGGAACGUGUGGCUGUGGAGAAAGCUUUAAUAUUUGACUCCUCAGGACUACUCGGGCUGUAGGCCGCAGGAGAGCUGUGGAAGCUCUAGGGCUUAUUGAAGAAGUCAUAGGACUGUCACAUGCUUAAGGUUUGUAAUGUAUGGCUGCCUUACAAGGAAAAUAAACUGAUGCAUUUGAAAAUGAA